AUGACAAAGUUAAGCGUCCAUGUGACGCUUUUAGUGGGCCUGGCGCUGUUUUUGGGCUUCAUACUGUUGCCUCAACAGGUGCUCGGGUAUUCGCAAGUCUUGCAUGAAAUUUAUUUAAUUCAUACUAAAAUAAAAUUUAUUUUAUGCAGCUUUAAUUCAAGUGAUAAUGUUGUAUCCACAACAACAACAACUACUACGACGACGACGACGGAUCUGCCAUUGCCCAUACCAUACAAUCAUCAGCCAGAGCCGGCUAAGCCGCUUGAAGUAAACACGCCGGAGCCAGCAGCAGCGGCAGCUUUGCCAGUGUUUGUUACUCCAAUAAGCGUGCCACAGGUGGCAGCAGAGGAAGCAUUUUCCAGUGAGCAGCCAUUGGAAAGUGUGGCUUCCACUGGACGCGCAGUAGAUUAUCGCACUUCGUAUCCAUUUGGCCAGCUUAUAUCGCCGCUUAUCAAGGCCGCUCGACCGCAGCCUUAUAAGAGCGCAACACGUGGCGGUCAAAAGAGAAUAUAUCCCAAGCCGAAUCGCUAUCAGAGCUCCAACUCAGGCUACAAUCGUGCUUCGGAUCGCUUUGCGCCAGGACAAGCUGUCGCCUCGAACAUUUUCAAGGAUCAGGCACACAAUCAUCAUCAUCAGCACAAUCCCAGCCAUGUUGCUGCCGGAUCCAACACAGUGCAAUCAUUUGCGCCACCAAGAGAUACUUAUGCGUUUCCGCCACUCAACAACAAGUAUCCAGGACCAGGUCAAGAUGUGAGAUUGCCGCAAGCCUCAGAUGCUGUGACCAGCUACCUGCCGCCAGCUUCCGGCAGUGCCGGCUAUUCUUAUCCCGGUCCACCCAUCAGCUCCUCGGGCUAUGUUUAUCCGGGGCCAGUAGCCUUGCCCCCCAAAGGUGACAAGCAGCCUGCUGCUAGCAUGCCCAGUGCUUCCUCUGCACCAGCGCCUGCUGCUGAUGAUGAUCCGGAAAAUGACGACGUCAUUGGAGUGCUGCCAGCCAGCGCACAGGAUAAUGCACCUGCGCAGAAUCAAGCUGGUAAAGAUGCUGGCGCUGCUCCAAGCAAUGGCGCAGAUGCAGGCAUGCCUAUGGAUGGAGAUGCUGGCAUGGAUGGAGACUCUGAUGCGGGAAAUGGAGAUAACGCAGCUCCUACUGAUGGUGCCGGUGGCGCCGAUGAUGGUGCGCUACCUGUGCUGCAGCAAGGUGUGCAUACAGAUGAUAACAAAUAUGAUCCCAAUAUGGAGUAUGCCACACCGCCGCCUGGCUGGCUGGAGGAACAUCCAGAGUCAGCAGCGCCCAUGCCUGCAGAUCACGAUCAUGAUCACGAACACGUCCCCGCACAUGAUUUCGAGCACCAUGAUGAACAUGAGCAUCAUCACGAUCAUUAUCCAGAACAUAUUCCAGACUAUCCUUAUCAUUCGUAUCCAGAUGUUUCGUAUACAGAACUUAUUUACGAUCAUCAUCACCCACAUUAUCAUCAUCCUCCUCCGCCACCUACAACAACGCCACCGCCGCCGCCGCCUCCACCGCCACCACCACCACCGCCGCCACCACCUCCAGAUCAGCCUCGCGUUAAAAAGUACAGUUACUUCUACAUUGGCCGCAAGCUCUGGUACAUACCCCUGUACUUUACAGUCUGGUUUAGUUUCUACAUUCUGUGGCUAAUUAUCAAGUCCAUUGGCCGCCACAAGGUAAACUUGCCAAACCAUUAUCAGACGCGGCGCAGCUUGCCCUAUUAUACGCAGCAGAGCAGAGACGAAUAUAUUAACGAUAUGACAGUUAAGGUGCUGGAGCACAUUGAUAACUUUAAGCAGAAAUAUUUAAACUGAUGAAAACGACGCUACAAACUAGUUACGGCUAAUAAAACACAAUAA